GAAAUCGUACAAGAAGAAGAAACCAACAUGGCGCCGUUCACAUGAAAACAUACCGUCCUGGGGUCAUGAGUAAAGUUUGUCAUGUUUUAAGGUUUUCGCAGAGUGACAUAUCCAGCAUAUGACCAAGAAAUGUUACAUUUUUAUUACAAUCGUGGCGGAAUUAUUUUGACUUCGACUCGUAUUUAAAUUGGCCUGUCAUGUUUAGCAUGUUUUCGUUAGUUGUAAACAAACACAGACAUCCAGUCCCUGUUUCCACUCUGCUAUAUUAGUUUUUUCCACUCCUCUAAUGAGUGAAGCUGAAGGAUUGAUGGUCUUUGUAAAUACAGUUGGCCUAACAUUGUUCUCGUUAAUUAUCCUGUAUCACUGGUUAACGGUUGCAAAUCGAGGUGUUUUUUACACAGAAGAAAAUAUUUACGAUGGAAGACCGAGGCGAAAUUUCAACAAUCAAGGCAGAAGGCACGUGUUCACAAGGAUGUCUUGUUGCGAGUAAAGUCCAGAUGUAAUCUAACGAACCAAGAGUCUGCUGUGUUACUUAACAUUUGGAGACCCAGCAAAAUAAUUGUAUGGGGUGGCACACUCUUCGUUUUAACCGAAAACAACGGGCUUGAAUGAACUGAUAUCAGGCUUCGAAUAUUGUUGAUCAUUUAAAACAAACUAGAGGUUUACAUACACCCUUGAGUAAACCUAAGAUUCUUAAUAUAAAAUGACAGUGCCGAAAGCUAUAGUCAAUGUUGUGAACUUGGGGCGGAUUUCCUACGGGCGUGCUUUACAGAUACAACAGCGAUGUGUCAGGCAACACUUGGAUUCCCCGUCCCAGCUUCCAAAUAUCUUGCUGAUGUGCGAGCACGAGCCAGUCUACACCAUUGGAAUACGGCAGGCCUUGUAUUCUGCAGAGGAGGAAAACAGACUGAGGAACCUGGGUGCAGACUUCUACCGUACUAAUCGUGGGGGGCUCAUAACUUUCCAUGGGCCUGGCCAAUUGGUGUGCUAUCCCAUCCUCAAUCUGGGCUGCUUUAAAAAGAGUGUCCGUUGGUACGUUUGUGAACUGGAAAGGACCGUUAUCGGUUUGUGCCGUAAAUUCGAGAUCAGCGCUUCCACAUCCCCGGACACUGGAGUGUGGGUAGGAGAAAACAAGAUUUGUGCUCUGGGAAUCAACUGUAGAAUGUACAUCACGUCUCACGGCUUGGCACUCAACUGCAACACAGAUAUGCGGUGGUUUGAGAAUAUUGUACCGUGUGGGAUUGUUGGCAAAGGAGUCACUUCCCUGAGCCAAGAACUGAAACGAGAAGUUACUGUUCCUGAAGCCAUCCCACCUCUACUGGAAGCGUUUGCUAAACAAUUUAACUGUACGCUGUCAUUUGAAGAUGUAGAUGUUAACAAUGUCAUUGUCAGUGACACCAAAGUUACAGAUAAAUAGCUAAAAGUCUGACUUUUUCUAUGCAUGUAAAUGUGUAUUUUAUUUUCCAUGCAUCCCUUUGUAUAACAGGCUGGACUUUAUACAGACUUUAUCAGUAUCAGUCUCCCAUAAAUCAUCGGCCAUUCACAUGCAUUGUCAUGAAAAUACCCUUUCAGUGUUAAGGACCUGUGAAAAGAAACUGUAAAAAGAAAAAUGCCAAAUGCAAUCAAUGGGAAAAACUGCAGUAUUUGUUGUAUCUCAAUUUGAAUCAGAUACAUGGAAUAAAUUGAUUUUGAUCCAUAAUAA